AUAUCUUAACCGAAAUACAAAAUAAAAAAGAGAGAAUAUUAUCUAAAAGAUUAAAAUUCAUAUUAACAGAAUAAUAUACACAGUUAGAGUCUCAAGACUCUUGCCUAUAUAACUCCUCACAUCGUAGCAUUUCCAAAACCAUAGACCCAUAUAUAAUAUAUUCAUCAUAAAUACAAUUAAGCACUAGUGAUCUUAUAGAAAGAAGAAAAAUAAGAUCAAAAUGCCUGUGUACAUACCUACUAGAAUGCCUCAUGAUCAAUUCGUCCCUACUAGAAUGCCCGAGUACAAGACAAAGGGUCUUCCACCAAAUAUAAUAAUUGCUGAAAAGCAAAUAAGGGAUAUAUUAACGAAAGCAGAUUGUGAUGGAGAUGGUUGUCUGAGCAAGGAUGAACUCGAGAAAGUUUUCAAGGAAUUUGGUUCCAAGUUACCAGGAUGGAGAGCCAACCGUUUUCUCAAGAAAGCUGACACCAACCACGAUGGGAUACUCACCAAGGAAGAACUUGACAUUAUUGUUGAUUAUGCUGUUGCUAGGUACAAGUUCAAAGAGUAGAUGAAUAUCAUAAUGAUUCGCCCAUGUGCCAUAGGGGUUUAACUACAUCUCCGAAAGCAUCUAAAUGAGGCGCCUAUAUGUGUAUAAAAAGAAAAUAUUGUACUUGAAUAAUUCAAAUAAAGGUGAAGAGUGUUACAUUCAAAAUUCAAAUAAACUAAAUCAA